AUGUGGUUCCACGAGUUGAUGUCUUGCGCGGACAAUGCGCGCACGGGCACGACCCUGGGGAUCCCAGGGCUGAGUAUUCCACGCACGAGGGCUGGCAAGACUGCUGCGCAGGGGGCCUUUCACACGCGUCGGCAGCCGUUCCCCGUGUCGGCAAACGAUCCGGCAGACAAUUGCGACACCUUGGAGGAGCUCCUGCUUAAUCUCGAGCUGCAGCUCCACGUGCAUUCGUGGUCCCUCUGCGUCAAGGUGGAGCCGCAUGGGGACAGCCCGCUCUCCAUAUCAGCGGCGGCCGCGAAGUCGAUGCCGUCCAUCCCCGAGCAGGGGUCGCUGGCGUGGUGCAUGGGCCCUGCCUUCGAGACACUGCAGGACUGCCGCAGGGAGCUGGACAGGAUCUGGCGCCAGCACUCCCCGGCGGACUCAAUGGAGCUCCACCAGCCGCCGCUCGCAGGCCGUGCCGGCGGGCCGCCUGAGGCCGCCGAGGGGCGUGGCGGCCCCGGGGGGCGCUGGGCGGCGGCCGCGGAGGCUCGGGCAAGGUCGCUGCUCGCCCGCGCCUGGCGGCUGCUGCCCGCGCGGCGUGGCGCCGGGACCAGCCGGGCGCCGGUCAGGCGCGUGCGGCCCGUGGAGCCCGUGGAGCCCGCGGGCCCAGGCCGCGCGGUGCCGAGGGCCCCCCGCGAGGAGAGCGGGGCGGCCGCGGCGGCGCCCCGCCGGCAGUCGCAGGCCGGGCUGGCGGGGCAGCUGCAGCGGCCGCCGCGGCCACGGCGGCUGCGGCGUCGGAGGGCGGCUGGCCAGGGCGCACGAAGGCCGGGUUCGCAGCCUGCGCGGCGGCGCUGCCUACGGCGGUCGAGGUCUUCGCGGGGGGCUGAAGCUUUAAAGGGCGCGGCCGCGGGCGCCCUUCGGACAGGGCUCUACUCACCCGCGCGCAGCGGCUCGGCGUGCGGCUGGGAGAGGGCGGCGGCGGCGAUUCUCUCUGAGGUCCCUCUCAGCUCCUGA